ACUAUGCAUACGAAAUGAUAAACCCUGAUUGGUCAAUCCUCCAGGACAUACGUAGGAACAUGUAUGUGGACGUCAGCAUGGGACAUACCAUAUAAAGAUUGCAGCGUCUAGGUUCCUGAUUCAUUUCCCUGGUCCUGUUUUACAUCUCAUACAAUAAUGGGAGGUAGUUCGUCGAAGAAGGAAUGUACGUCUCGUUCGCAGGCCUUAGUUUUAUACGAUAAUGACAAAGCUAGGAAGGCCGUACAACAUAUCAGAAGCGACUUUGUUGAUGCACGCAGUUUAGUGGACAAUCUUCUCCCCGGAGACAUGAUUCAAGUGAAAGGAAACUUUAUCCACCAGUGGUUCUACAGCCAUUUUGCAAUCUUCAUUGGUAAUGGAGAGAUUGUCCACGUCGAUACUCCGCGUUCAGGAAGUUGGUCAAGAAAAUGCGAUGUUGUCAGAGUAAAGAUGACAGACGCCUUUUGUGGCAAACUUGUUAGAAAGAAUAACCAUUUGGACAAUACUGAUGGUUUUCGAGACAGAGUUCUGCCACGCAGUCAAAUCGUGAAGACUGCACGCGAUUGGGUAGGCAAGUAUUGGGAUUACAAUUUCUACACCAACAACUGCGAGCAUUUUGUCACACUAUGUCGAUACGGCCGUCCCAUUAGCCUUCAAUCGAGUGGGAUCGGUGACCUAAUAUCGGGAAAGAUCAAUUUUGGCGAGUUUGUGGACCACAGUGUUUAUAGUAUCAAAGAGAAGGCCAGUACCUUGUCUUCCUGGAUAAAACGUAAAGCAAGAGGCCUAUGGGAUGGAAUUGAGAGAACUCUCAGCUUUCCAGCCCUGGAAGGAUAGUUUAAGACGUCGAAAAUCACGAUAUCGAUGUUAACUGUAAAGACUAAAGUGAAA